UUGAGUACGACAGUGGAAUGAUGAAGGUCUAUUGGAACUUCACGUGGUUUUUGCACCUUAUAUUACAUGUCCAGGCUGAAGAAAAUUGGAGACCGUAUGAUGCUGUCGACUCUGAAGUCAUCCAGAAAGCACGUGACUUCCAGGAAGCUAUGAUGCCUCUCCCAGGUUACGUGAUCAACUUCAUGAUGAAGACCACUGCUUCUCUUUAUCUCCCCAUCAAGGCAGACCUGGGACUCUGCCGGAGCCACAGCCAAUACACCUUGCACAGCGUUCUCAAAUCUGAAAUGUGGGCGCUCAGAAUGAUAGACGCGUCCAGUAAAGUUCCUACUGGACUGCUGGAUGGUUGUAUACAAGAUCUGGGUAACUACGAUCAGUGUCUCAGGGUUGAAGAGCCAGAGCAAAGGUUCACAGGCCAGCACUGCUUGGUGGAUGCACGUGGUUUACUACCGGACCGUCUGGAAACUUACUUUAAGGACAUGGCCUGGUUCGAAGACUACCCCUGGGGAUAUAUAACGUUCUCAUUGUGCGUCCCCUCGUCCUGCGACUCCAAGGACAUUAUCACCCACCUGAACAAUGUUCUGGGGGCGACAGGGCUAAAUAUGUCCAUGGCCAAAUUUGAUGUCUUCUGUUCCUCCGAUGGGCCUCGUUCGUUCAGGACCAAGGAUUGGGUCGCUGUGGGCGUUUAUACUACAAUCGUGUUCUUGGUGAUACUCAGCACUUUAUAUGAGUCGAGGACUUCAGGGAAAAAGUCAGAAUUGCUCAGUUCCUUCUCCGUGAUCUCCAACUGGCGGGAGCUUAAGGACAUGAGAGUAUCUUCCUCCGACAUCUCUUGUAUAAACGGUCUCAGAGUCGUACUUGCAUUCUUAGUGAUGAUCACCCAUCGUGUCAUUACCUACAGAUUAUUGCCAACUUUCAACUACACUACCAACUUGGAGAUUAGAAACAAUCCAUGGAUGGCACUUCUCUGGAGUUCGAACUUGGCAACGGAGAUCUUCUUUUUGAUUGCUGGAAUAGUUCGAGCCCACAGCUUUCUUCAGAAACGACGCUCUGGCAAGCAACUUAGCAUUAUCAAACAAUAUAUACAGCGAUAUUUUAGGUUAACUCCUUCCAUGGCCGCUAUGAUCCUGUUGUCCUCCACCCUCCUCAUCCAUCUUUCUAACGGACCGGUUUGGCAAAAGUAUAUGGGUGUAUUUGAACUCUUAUGCAACUGCCUUUGGUGGUCAAACCUCCUCCACAUCAGCAACUGUUUAGGCAUUUCGUUACAGUGUCGCCCGGAGACUUGGUUUCUUGCAGCGGACUUUCAGCUGUUUGUGAUGUCACCACUGCUGCUGCUGCCACUCUUCUAUCAGCCUAAGCGUGGACUGCUGCUGCUAACAGGAGUCUUUCUGCUCUCUACUGCAAUCAAGACUGCUGAUUCCUUCUUCAAGCUGUUACACCCUGAAUUGGGUUUAACCGAAGGAUCCAAGGGAGACCGGUUACUGUCUACUGGUCACUUCAACACCGUCCACAAGGUUGCACCAUUUGUCGUAGGAGUGGCUGUGGGUUAUUUCAUUCUGGAGGUGAAAAGUGGAAGGAUAAAGUUUACACUAUCUAGGACAGCUGUCUCGUUGUGUUGGCUCUUAUCUACCAUAUCCCUAGUCUUUACUCUGUGGUUCUUGACGCUGUUCAUUAGACCAAGUUAUGAGGACAGCCCUUGGCUCCUAGCCAUAAACGCAGGGCUAGUGCAGAAACUUUGGGUGUUUGGGGCUGCUUGGAUAGUCGUAGCCUGCACCUUUGGGUACGGAGGAUGGCUGGGAAAGUGCUUGUCUUGGCCAGGAUUCAUCCCUCUGGCUCGUCUCUCCUUUGGAAUGUACUUAAUACACGUGACACUUCAGGGUGUCCAGGUUUUUCGAAGUCGUCAAUCCCACAACAUGGACGCAUUUGAUAUUCUUUUCCAGUGUAUAGCCGACUUCGUGAUCAGCGCAGGUCUGGCCACAGUGUUGUACCUAGCGGUGGAGGCGCCCUUCUGCAGAGUGAUAAACUACUUACUGCGACCCAGUGUGGUCGCUAAAGCUGUAGACACCAACGCUAACGGAACGUCCGCGGACCAACAAGGGAAUGGAGUUCCGGAAAUUUCACAUAGGAAAAAAGACAAGUGAGGAGACAUUGGACUAUUUGGAUAUUUAAAACAAAAGUUGAGCUUCACCAACAAAGGCUGAGAACAACUUCAUGAUAAUAAGAUGUUAUUUUAUAUUAAUAAUAUGUGUUCAAAGAAUUGUAUACUAUAUUUUACAAUA